AUGAUGGUAACAGUGAAAAUGUACAGGCUGUUUCCCAUGACGCUUCUAACUGUUAAAACGCACGAAGAACAUGCUUUUGUACCAGAAAUUCAAAAUAGAUCUGCUGAUGCUGAAGACGGAGUUCAUGUAGAACGAGGUAGAGGUAGUGCAGACUUUUGCAGUUCCGACCCGGCUUUAUGGGAUGUAAGUGAUGAACUAAGAGAAUAUAUUUGUGCCCAAAGUAGUGUAGAGCAAAAUUAUUGUGACUCCGAUUUUAAUGAAUCCAAAAGACUGAACCAAAUAAAAUUCGCUUUCUGUCUAAAAUCGGAUAACAAGGACGCAUUUUCAAACGGUUUCAAUAACUGGAAAAAUGCUAAUCAACGUGUAAAAGACCAUGAAAAUAGUUUUAACUAUAAAAACAGUUUAGAAAAACAAAAAAUUAGGAGUUCUUUGAAAGGUCGUGUUGAUGUUAGACUUGCCGAAGCUCUAGAACUUGAAGUUCACUAUUGGAGGGAGGUACUUAAGAGAGUGGUGGCAGCUGUUAAAUAUUUAAGUGUGAAAGGGUUGGCUCUCCGAGGAUCUGAUGAACACUUAGAUAAACUUAACAGUGGAAACUUCAUUGAACUUCUGAAAUUUCUAGCCAAAUUUGACCCUUUUAUGGCCGAACGUUUACGUCAAUACGGCGACCAAGGUUCGGGUAGUACGUCGUACAAUUCGAAAACUACUUAG